AAGCGGACCUCCCAUAUUUGGCCGCAGCUUCCUGUGAGAGCUUCGCGCACCAUGGUGGUGUGCAUGUUGCGCGUGUGUCAGCGGAGGUCCGUCUUUGCCGCGCAGCACUACUGGCAGUUUAGCUUGGCAGGUGUGUCACGCAGGUUCUACAGCACCAAGACGGCGCCACAGAUACCAGGGAUGGAGUACCAGGACGCCAUUUGCACUUUGAACACACUACAAACCAAUGCCAGUGCCCUGGAGCAGGUCCGAAGAGAGCGGAACCACCCUCAGCUGCAGCUCCAGGCCAUGAGAGGCUUCCUGGAACGAGCCGGCCUCACAGUGGAAGAACUGGACCAUCUCAAUAUCAUUCAUGUGACAGGAACCAAGGGCAAGGGGUCAACAUGUGCGUUCACGGAGCACAUUUUAAGACGUUAUGGCUUCCGCACAGGAUUUUACAGUUCCCCACAUUUGGUACAAGUCAGAGAGAGGAUCCGGAUCAACGGACAGCCCAUUGGAAAAGAGCUCUUCACUAAAUACUUCUGGCAGAUUUAUGGACGACUGGAUGAGACCAAGGAGGCCCAUGGAGGAACAAUGCCGGCAUACUUCCGUUUCCUCACCAUUCUGGCCUUCCAUGUGUUUCUUCAGGAGAAGGUGGAUUUGGCUGUAAUUGAAGUUGGAAUUGGUGGCGCAUAUGACUGCACCAACAUUAUAAGGAGGCCAUGGGUGUGUGGCAUCUCUUCUCUGGGUAUAGACCACACUCAGAUUCUCGGAGACACGAUUGAAAAGAUCGCCUGGCAGAAAGGAGGCAUCUUCAAGCUGGGCGUUCCUGCCUUCACAGUCAAACAGCCAGAAGAUGCGAUGGGUAUGCUCAGGAGCAGGGCCACUGAGAUGAGGUGUCCUCUGUGGGUGUGUCCCGAGCUGGAGGAAUACCAGGCACAUUGUGGACCGUUGCAUCUGGGCCUGGCAGGACAGCACCAGCGCUCCAACGCCUCCCUCGCCCUCCAGCUGAGUUACACUUGGCUGCAGAGAAGAUGUCUACCAGGCUCCACAGAUCAGCGCUUUCCUUCAGACGGUGUUGCGAACACCGCGGUACAGCAGGCGCUUCCCUUCAAGCCCAGCCCCAUCAUGAUCAAAGGCCUGGCAGACACCGAGUGGCCUGGAAGGAACCAGACGCUGAAACACGGAGCAGUCACCUACUUCCUGGAUGGAGCGCACACCAUGCGCAGCAUGCAGGCCUGUGUACACUGGUUCAGAGAGACUGCAGUCCAGCACGAGAGAAAUGCAAGUGGGCCUGUGAUCCGAGUUUUGCUCUUCAAUGCCACGGGAGAGAGGGACUCUGCAGCCAUGCUGAAGCUACUGGUGCCAUGCCAUUUUGAUUUUGCUGUGUUCUGCCCAAACAUCACCGAAGCCAUCGCUUCUUGCAAUGCAGCCUUCGCCAUCCUGUCAUUCCCGCACGUCUCAGACCAGCAGAACUUCAACGUCUCGGUGGAGCACAUGCUGACUCGCUGCUUGGACAACGAGAGAAGCUGGCAUCUCCACAACAGCACGGGACACACCAAAGGGGCUCCGCUGCUCAUUGAGAGCAGCCUGGCCUUGGCCCCUGAGAAGAAGGCAGACACCCUAGUCUUUCCCUGCAUACUCAGCGCCCUCCAGUGGAUCACCCAGGGCAGGGAUUCAGUGCUGGCAGACCCAGCAGAGAGAGAACUACCAGUGAAACCCAGCGUCAUGGCCAGAGCUGCUCCGCUCUGCAACGCGGCCGAGGUCCACGUCCUCAUCACCGGAAGCCUCCACCUUGUGGGAGGAGCCCUCAAGCAUCUCGACCCGGCUUCUUCCAAGUGAACAGAAUGUGUCAAUUCAGACCGCUUGGAUGAUUGCAUACUCUGCUUAUCUGCACAUUUACCUUUGUGAAAGAAGAGGGAUCCGUUUUGGUAGAGAUGGGGUUUUGGACCGACUAUCUCUUGCACAGUGACUUAAAGUGCUCACCUAAAUGACGUUAGCUCCACCCUGGCCUAAUAGCCAGCGCUAGGAGCCCACAAGUUGGCGGUCCAGUCCUCGCGACAGAACCAGCCUCGCCCCAGCCUUACAGACGGAGCUCAUUCCGUGUUACGUGAAAUGCGAAGGAUACCUUCAUGAAUUCUGUGCUUCAGUCAUCCCCGAUGUGCUCCCUUAUUACAAUAUCACCUUAAUUUCACCAUAAAGGGCUUCAUGUUCACAAUGUCUGAUUGGAACUCUUGUCUAUUACCUUUUGUGUCCUUUUUAUAAUAAUUU